AUGCCGGCAGAUGAACUUCACCGCGAGGACCCAGAUGAUGUGGUACCAGUUGGCCAGAGAAGAGCCUGGUGUUGGUGCAUGUGCUUUGGACUAGCAUUUAUGCUUGCAGGAGUCAUUCUUGGUGGAGCAUACCUGUACAAAUAUUUUGCACUUCAACCAGAUGACGUGUACUACUGUGGAAUAAAGUACAUCAAAGAUGAUGUCAUCCUAAAUGAGCCUUCUGCAGACGCCCCAGCUGCUCGCUACCAGACAAUUGAAGAAAAUAUUAAGAUCUUUAAAGAAGAUGAGGUCGAAUUCAUCAGUGUGCCUGUUCCAGAAUUUGCAGAUAGUGAUCCUGCCAACAUUGUUCAUGAUUUUAACAAGAAACUCACUGCCUAUUUAGAUCUUAACCUGGAUAAGUGCUAUGUGAUCCCCCUGAAUACUUCCAUUGUUAUGCCUCCCAGAAACCUGUUGAUUGAAAAUAUUGAUGGCUUGGGUUUCUUUAUUUAUCGACUGUGCCAUGACAAGGAAACUUACAAAUUGCAGCGCAGAGAAACUAUUAAAGGUAUUCAGAAACGUGAAGCCAGCGAUUGUAUCACAAUUCGGCAUUUUGAAAACAAAUUUGCUGUGGAAACUUUAAUUUGCUCUUGAACAGCCA